GUGUCGGAAGCUACAAUGAUAAAUUUUAAGGCUUUAGACCAAGUUCCUCUUCUCUUCUACAUCCUGGCACUGAAGACAUUAGUGCUCUGUCUUGGGUUCGCUGGGGUGAAGAUCUACCAAAGAAGGAAGGUAGAGAAUGAUCUGAAGAUGGAGCAGGCUGAAAAGAAGAAACUGGCCCAGCAGACACUGAUUGACUCCUUGAAAAAAGAAGAGUAGAGAGAACGCAGAAAGCAUGGACUGAUCAGAUAAUCCUGCUGAGUUAGUAGACGAUGCUGAAGAAGGACAUUUCUGUGCUCCAGGAAGUGUUGAUGUUUUUACUGCCCUCUGGACAUGAACUACGGCUAAAGGAAGAGCAGCUUCAUUUAUUUUACCAUUAUUUAUCAAUAACUCAGCCAGAGGUGUGGCUGUGCUGUAACUAUUGUGCCUAAUACUGUACAUUAAAGAUUACACUGUUUACAAAACAAUCCUAGACCUCCUGUACAUUCAGUCUAACUGACAGAGAGCCUAACCCUACCUGGCACUGUAGAGGGCAGUGGUGUCCUAGUGGUUAAGGAACCUUCCGGUGGGUCUGGGAGGCUUCAGGUUCGAGUCCACCAGCUGCCAAGUUGCCACUGAGGUGCUCUGAACAUGGCACCGUCCCCAGCAGAGGUCACGUUUGAUGGUGUGCUGUGUAACAAUGACAAAUAAUUCACUCCACUAACUAACUAACUUAACUCUUCUGUUCUGCCCUUUAGCCAGUUUGGUUUAGGCAACUACAGUGGCAACCUCACAUAUUUACCUGUGCCAUGAAAAAAAACAGCAGCGCUCAAGUCUUCUCAGGGUCGGUGUUUCAGACAUUACAGUGACAUUAUGCCAGGAGGCCCAGCUAACUUUUCAGCAGACAACACAGGUCAUUUGGUUCCCUAAAAAACAUCUUAGAAAAUGUAACAUUUAUCCUUUACAAAGUGUUAAAAACAAAACAAAGGUGAAAGUAGCCAGGGGAAGCUAUUGAAUUGUUUAUUUUGAAAAGGGUUUUGCUAUUUGACCUUGUUAAACACAAUGACCUUAAUUACAGAUUUAUUUUUAACUUUUGAAAAAUAAGAAUGCUAUUCUAUGCAUGCACUUUCUCAUUAAGUUGCUAAGAUUUUUUUUUCUACCACAGGAAAUAAACUAAAAAAUAAAUAAAUAAAAUAACAAAAAAUAUCUUCAAUGUCCAGAUUAAGAUGUUUUAAAAAACGGAGGAAGCCACAGCAUGAAACGAUGUACACAGUCUGCAGUUGCAUAGAACAGUACAUGGAGUCCCUUAUCUUUAAAACAGCAUGCUGAUUAUAUUGCACAUUACUGGAACUUUGUAUAGUACAGUAGACACUGCUGUUGAUCCAAGUGUCUACUUUGUGACCCCACUCCAGGAAAUAUACACAACAGAUAACAACUCUUAAAUACAGUAUGUACAGUUAUCAUUUUACAAAAAUAAUUACCAGAAAAAGUUAAUUCCUCUAGUACUCAUCCAUUGAAAUAAAAGUUAUUUUACUCAUUUUGUUUUAUCCCACAUUUUAAUCAAGAAAAUCAUAAUUGGUUUUUGUGGUUAUAUUGAUUGAUUUAGUGUAGAAAAACAAUCUAACUGAAAGAUUUAAUUUGUUUUAAAAUGGGAAAUGUAACAGGUUAGAGUGGGAAGUCUGGGAGAGUGUGUAGGGACCGCUCCUGCAGUUCUCUACGUAGGGAUUUGGCAAAGUUUAACACUGGCACAUCCCAAGGCGGCAUUAGUGGGAGCCAUGUUUAACAUUUUUGUGUUAUUAUGUGAGACCUAUGCCUGUAAACAGAAGCAUUUUGCAUUUUUAAGUUAACAAGGCUUUAGGUCAGGGGCACUCAACAGGUGGACCUGGGUCCCGAUACAGACCCAAAAGUUCACAAUAAUAAGUUACGGAAGGACCAGCUGUGUAACUGAAGCAGGUUUGUUAAUUAACAUCAUCAAUUAUUCCACAAGUUAUGACCCAAGGACAUCCCACACAUUGAUCACUUUCUACUGAAAUUGUGAUUUUGGCUCCUGUGAAAAAAGCUAUGUAUAUAUAGAUCGAUAUAUAUAUAGGAUUUAUAUAUGGAUGUUCGCCACCGCCAUCCUCCCCAGGAGAAAACUGAGAGAGCAAAAUAUUGAGAGUCCCUUCCCCAGGUGAAAUGUUUUGUUGGGAUUCCCCAAAGUUCCAUCUACACUCUGUGUACAGUGUGAUAUACAUUGUGGGAUUUGCCCUUUUUUUUUAAACUUUUGCUUUUGAAGUGGUACGAUUAUCGAUGCUUUGCCAGCAGUAGGAGCUUACAUUGAUCUGCUGAGAUUCUUGAUUCAGCUUGGUCCUUAUUGUUUAAAUUUAAAAAGAAACUCAUUCUUUAACCGCCUGGUUUACAUGAUACCUAAAAUAGUUUGUCUGUCGGAUAUGUUUUACUUUCCCUGUUGUACUGAUUUAUUUUUCAAAAGAUUCCAGAUUUAGUCUGAUGUUUGAUUAAAUUGAGCUGCUUAUUAAAGUGACAAAGUAUUUUGGAGCGAUGAUCACCUGUUGUGUUGCUCCCAGACUUUUGUUAGGCAUGUAAGUGUCGUUUUAUCUACAAUAAUAUUAUCUACUGCUACAAAAAGUAAAAAUAAUAAAGGGAAAUAUUUAAAUGUAAAUAAUGUUCAGUAAAUGUUUAUAAUGCACCACAGCUGUGAAAGUGACUAACACUUUCUCUGAAAAAAAAAACCCCAAAACAAACAUCUGUUGGUGUCUUUGCUUAACAGCAACAAAACAAAUGUGAAGGAAACAUUACUCUAAACACUUGUACAUUUGAUCGUUAAAACACCAUACACAUAAAAUACCUCAACAUGUUAAAACUCUAUGUUUUUUUAUCUAACUUUCAAUGGGGUUUUUUUUCAUCGUUUUUAAAAAUGAACGUCAUGUUUUUUGUAGAUUGUGUAUGGAGUGACCCCAGUUAUCUGAAAGCAACACAGAUAAAUUAAAUAUCCCCAUAUUUAGUAUCAUUAUUUCAUAUUAACAUUAAGCCUGGCUCUCUGUUUCCACAUGAAGAAAUCAUUUCAGUGAUUUGGCCUUUGUUUCAGUCAUGCAUUCUACUCACACAUUUCUGAAUGAUUGCUCAAGCAUUGACUAGUGUUGGCUCCUGAGGCAGAGCAGUAAUGGAGAAAAUGGAAGUUUUACUAGAUGACUGCUAACUACGGUUGAAAAUGUGAGUUUUCGAGGUUUGUCCCACCAUCAUUGGCCACAUUAAUGUUUCAUUUAAUUUGAUAGUGUACUGCUGUCACAGUAAAGUACAAACUGGUCUAGGUCUCGGCUUAAUUGUGUGAUUUUUUUUAAAAUUUGUUUCACCCGUUUGAGUUGUGCCGCAGCAGUUGUCAAGCGCAACUCGACUCAUGUUAUGGGUUUUUUUUUCUUUUGAAGAGGUGAACUAUUUGUUGUUUUUUUAAAAUAUUUUAUAAAGCGAGGUGCAUCCAUAGGGAGUACAUGUAUCACCAUCAACCUUAAGAGAAUAGUAAAGAAAAUCCUGCAUCCGUAUCAGUAUCAGUGGAUACUUCAGGUUCAGAAAUCAAACUCAGAAUCAUGGUAUUGAGCCAUCACUUAUACUUAUAAACCUUUGCACAUAAAAUGCUCUGCAGUCAAAGCAGCAUGCCACCUACACAGAAGGAAAAUAACCAAUUCCACCAUGUCUAGUUUUCAUCUUAAACUGCAAAUCCAAUCACGUUGCUCACGAUCAUUUAUAUAUUUUCUUCUUGCAUUGUCUUGUCUCACAUUUCACCUCCAUCUUUAAACUGUUUAACUUAAACAGAUCAAUCUUUUUUUAUAUAUAUAUUUGUACUAUAUACACUGACAAAUGUAUUAAAACAUGUAAUGGUUCUUGGUGAAGAUCUAUAACUUCUGACUAAGUGGUAGAACACUCCAGCUGUAACGUCUGUGGGCCUACUCUCUGACUGGACAGAUAGAUGACCGAUAGAUAGAUAGAUAGAUAGAUAGAUAGGUCUGAAGGCGACAGUUCUGAAUGUGGAGUUCACCUGAACCAUAAAUGCCAUUCAUACCUUGGCAAAAGCCAAACUGACAUCCUGAAACAGGAUUAACUCUGAACUUGCACUCUUUGAGUGUCUUCCCAAAGUGAAACAAUCAAACUUUUGUGAUUGUUGCAGACAAAAAGUAUGAAUCUGAGGGUUGUUUCCUAAAAUGAUUUGUUACAAUAAAGUGUCAACUUAAAGUGCAGAAAACUUAUACAUCUUUUAUCAUAGUUUUAAUGCUUCUUCUUGUGAGUAGUUUUAAUGAAUAAAGUGCAUAUGAAGGAUGAGCUGACUAAGCUAGUCCUAUUUACAUUUCAUUUUGCAUUUUCAAACUAUAAACUAGUCUCUCUCUCUCUCUUUUUCUCUCUCACACACAUAUACACAUGCUUCCUUUCAAAAAGUUAUGAACUCACAUGCGGCAUAGUGAGGACUUGCAAUCUAAGUUAUUAAAAAAAUUAAACAAAACCUUGCAAUAGUUUGGGAUGCUACAGUCUCUGUGACAGUUAUUUGUCGUUACACUUGCAUUUGGUUUUCUGAUCAGGUGUGUUAAGGAGAGGCUAAAUGCUUGAAGCAAAGAUUUCCCUCGGUGUUCAAUGA